AUGAGUGGUUGCUGAGCUCGAUUCUAUACCAAUAGGUCGACACCUUAAAAUCGAAGAAGAAAGAAGUACCAUCAGUUAAAGAACUUGAAAAGGACCUUUAAUGGUAAUUUUUGAGCUGGAACUAACGGUUGUCUUCCAUUACAGCUGAGCAACUCAUAACAUCAAGAGCCUAAAAGAACUAGCAGAAGGGGUCCUUGAUUUUUGUGUCUGGGUGAUCACCAAGUGUUUGUUUUGUUGUCUAAGUCACUGUUGGUAUAGAGAAGAGGAAGAUGAGCUUCAGGGAUGAUGCUGAAGAUGGAAGAGGGGAUCUAAGGAAGCCAUUUCUACAUACUGGAAGCUGGUAUCGUAUGGGUUCUAGGAUGGGGUCUAGUAUGUUAGGAUCCUCUCAAGCUCUUCGUGAUAAAUCCAUCUCUGUUGUAGCUUGUGUUUUGAUUGUUGCUUUGGGUCCUAUCCAAUUUGGUUUCACUUCUGGUUACUCUUCUCCUACACAAUCCGCAAUCAUCGAGGAUCUUGGACUAACAGUCUCAGAGUUUUCUCUUUUUGGUUCUUUAUCAAAUGUGGGUGCCAUGGUUGGAGCAAUAGCCAGUGGUCAGAUAGCCGAAUGUAUUGGACGAAAAGGGUCUUUAAUGAUUGCUGCAAUUCCUAAUAUAAUUGGAUGGCUUGCUAUAUCUUUUGCAAGAGAUUCAUCUUUUCUUUACAUGGGAAGGUUGUUGGAAGGUUUUGGUGUCGGAAUAAUCUCUUAUACGGUGCCUGUAUAUAUAGCUGAGAUAGCACCUCAGAAUUUGAGGGGCAGCUUGGGUUCAGUGAAUCAGCUAUCUGUCACUCUCGGAAUAAUGCUGGCCUAUCUACUUGGACUUUUUGUUGAGUGGAGGAUACUUGCAGUUUUAGGAAUACUUCCUUGUACAAUUUUGAUACCUGGUCUAUUUUUCAUUCCAGAAUCUCCUCGAUGGCUGGCAAAAAUGGGUAUGACAGAAGAUUUUGAAACUUCUUUGCAAGUUCUCAGGGGUUUUGAUGCUGAUAUUUCUAUUGAAGUGAAUGAAAUCAAGAGAUCUGUAGCAUCAACCACUAGAAGAACUACGAUUCGGUUUGCAGAUCUCAAAGAAAGGAGAUAUUGGUUUCCAUUGAUGGUUGGAAUUGGAUUACUUAUGCUGCAACAGCUUAGUGGCAUUAAUGGUGUUCUAUUCUAUUCCAGUACAAUUUUUGAAGCUGCUGGAGUUAAAUCAAGCAAUGCAGCCACCUUUGGAGUUGGUGCCAUUCAGGUCAUUGCUACUGCCGUAACUACAUGGUUGGUGGACAAAGCUGGCCGCCGGCUUCUGCUUAUAGUCUCCUCUUUUGGAAUGACUCUCAGCCUCCUAGUUGUAGCAGUAUCAUUCUUUCUAAAGGAUGUUGUAUCUAGUGACUCUAGUGUCUAUAGCAUUAUGGGAAUCUUGUCAGUAGUUGGAGUUGUGGCCAUGGUGGUUACCUUCUCUCUUGGAAUGGGUGCCAUUCCUUGGGUUAUAAUGUCAGAGAUUCUUCCAAUAAACAUCAAGGGUCUAGCUGGAAGCAUAGCAACACUUUCCAACUGGUUCUUUGCUUGGGUGGUUACAAUGACUGCCAAUUUGCUUUUGGAUUGGAGCAGUGGAGGAACCUUUACAAUUUACAUGGUGGUGAGUGCUUUCACCAUUGUAUUUGUGACACUCUGGGUCCCUGAGACAAAGGGGAGAACACUUGAAGAAAUCCAAUGGUCUUUCAGAUGAAACCAAUCCUUUUCCUUGUUCCAUAUUUUUUGCAUAUAAGAAGCCCUGGUCCUGCAAAUUUCCCAUUGUUUUACAAUAUAGAUGAAAAAAAAAACAGUUCUGUUUGCAAAUAUAUAUUCCUAUAUGUAUUGUCUGGUUACUUGAGUGAUCAAUUCAUUUACUUUCUUUUAGCACAUUGCACCUUAGUAAAGUGAGAACUAUAGUUCGAUAUGACGAAUCUGUACACUAUUGAAGCUUUGGGGUAAAAAUGUUUUGGGAAUUUAAUGUAAUGAGUGAUAAAGGUAGACUCUUUUUGUCUAAAGAUGGAUUUGGAUUUAA